AUGCCCUCGGCCGCGCCUCAGUUGACUUGCGGCUACCUCACUGGUCGCGCCCUCAUCUUCCCUCUCUCCCUCAUCAUCUCCCUCUUCUUCCUCUGGGGCUUCUCCUACGGCCUUCUCGAUGUCCUUAACAAGCACUUCCAGACCGUCCUCGGCAUCACCCGCCUCGAGUCCACCGGCCUCCAGGUCAUGUACUUCGGCGGCGGUUACCUUCUCUUCUCUCCCAUUGCCGCCGAGUGCCUCAAGCGCCGCGGUUACAAGCAGACCAUCCUCAUGGGUCUCGGCCUCUACUCUCUAGGCGCCAUUCUCUUCUGGCCCGUCGUCGCUACCGCCAAGCCUGAGAACGGCCGCGCUGCCUUUGGCGGCUUCUGUGCCUGCAUCCUCGUCAUCGCCUGCGGUCUCGCUACCCUCGAGACGGCCGCCAACUCGUACGCCGUCGUCAUUGGCAAGCCCGAGUCCGCUUCGGCCCGCCUCCAGUUCUGCCAGUCCUGGAAUGGUGUAGCCUCCUUCAUCGGUCCCCUCAUCGCCUCCAAGUUCUUCUUCUCCGGCGCCAACCAAAACAGCCUUACCAAUGUUCAGUUCGUCUACCUCGCCGUCGCCUGCGCCGGUGUCGCGGUCGCCAUCAUGUUCUUCUUCGCCAAGCUGCCUGAGAUCUCCGAGGCUACCAUUGAGGAGUCUUCUGAUGGACAGGUCAAGGGCUCCAUCUGGAAGCAGUACAACAUGUGGGCAGCCUUCUUCGCCCAGCUCUGCUACGUCGGUGCCCAGGUUACCAUCGCUACCUUCUUUAUUAACUACGCUCACGAGAACGGCGGUUUCACGACCUCCAAGGGCAGCACCAUGCUCAGCUACGCCCUCAUUACCUUCACCGUUGGCCGCUUCGUCGCCACGGGCAUCGCCACCUUCCUGAGCUCCGACUUCAUUCUCGUCGUCUACGCCGUCGCGGCCUCGGCUCUGACAGCCUACGUCAGCGUCGGCAAGGGCGGCGGCGCCGUCGGCGCCCUCAUCGCCAUCUUUCUUCUUCCUCGCCCCCAUGUACCCCACCAUCUUCACCCUCGGCACCGAGGGUCUCGGCCACCACACCCGCGGGGGGGCCGGCUUCUGGUAAUGGGUUUUCUCUGGCGGCGCCUACUUUCCUCUCCCCUUCUGGGGGGGCAUUUGCCUAUCCUCAGGUACCAAGGAUUAGCUACGGGGGGCCCAUGA